AUGGCCGAUGCCGAUGAGAAAGUGUUAGAGGGCGUCUUCGCCGUCGCGAAACCCGCACAUGUCUCUUCUGCAGAUGUUCUGCUCAAAUUACAGGCUACUUUCGCCUCAUCAGUCACAUUUGCGCCACUUCUAAGGACGCAGCCAAAGCGCACCAGUAAAUCAUCCGAUCAAGUCUUUCGUCUCGGUCAUGGCGGUACCCUGGACCCUCUGGCUGCGGGAGUGCUCAUUGUAGGCAUCGGACGUGGCACCAAGUCACUAUCGCAGUACCUAUUAUGCAGCAAGACUUAUGAGACGACUGUGUUAUUUGGUGCGAGUACCGAUAGCUACGAUUGCACUGGCCUGAUCACGGAGAGGGCAGAGUGUGCACAUAUCAAUCGAAAACUUGUUGAAGAGAAGCUCCAAGACUUUAGAGGGACCAUACAACAAGUCCCACCCGUGUACUCGGCGCUCAAAAUUAAUGGGAUGAAAGCUUGUGAGUAUGUGCGACAGGGCAAGGAAUUGCCGCGAGAGUUGGAAAGCAGAGAGAUGCAAGUCGACGAGUGCACGCUGUUGCAGUGGUACGAGGCAGGAGAACACAAGUUUGCAUGGCCCGGUGAGGAGAAGCCAGCUCCGGCACCAGCGGCACGCAUUAGACUUACGGUGUGCUCUGGCUUCUAUGUACGGAGCUUUGCGCAUGAUCUUGGCAUGGCAUGCAACUCACUCUCGCAUAUGACGAAUCUGCUUCGCACGCGCCAAGCCAACUACACCAUUGACAAUCUACCAGAGUCGUCAGAUCUCACCCCUGCUCUUACAUAUUUAGAUCUCGAAGCAGGGGAGGAUGUAUGGGGCUCUAAGCUCCGACCCCAGCUCGAGAAGUGGGUUACGGCAAACCCUCUGAGUCAAGGGCACGUCAAUGGCCGAGAAGGAAAUAUGAAGCGGAAGCUGGCUCAAGACAAGGAAGACCGUCCCAAACAAAGAUUCCGCGGUGGGUGGGUUGCAGAGACGAAGAAGGAGAGGAUCAGGCAGCAGGGCGGCAAGUUCAAAGGCAAAUGGUGA